AUGAACCUUUCAGAGAACGCAGUUGGAACGAUUCAUGAAAAAUACUUUGAAGUUACUUCUUUAGGUCCCGAUGGACCUACCUAUUGGUGUACUGCCUGUAGCUCUGGUCGAACAAUGAAGACUUAUGACAGGCAUCGAAAAUCAAAAGUGCACAAAGACAAUGUUGAAAUUAUUCUUGCUGAAGAAAGAAUGAUAGGACAAGAAUCAACUUCAACAGCUGAUGUGACCGGACAAGAAGAUGUCAUGCUUGGUGUACAAACAAUGGACAAUGAGGAGCCCAAAGUUGUAUGUUAUGAUGAAUUAUAUAGCUCAGAUAACUCCGACAAUACUUCUCCUUCAGACAUAGAAUCAGAAGUCGCCCCUCCAGAGCCUUGGUCUAGUGAGUAUCGUGAUUACUUUGCUCUGAAGAAUUUUGAUUGGAUGCUAGAAAAGGAAAAAGAGGCUUUAAAAUCUAUUGGCAUUAUUGAAUCAAUUUGGAGCCCAGUCGCAACAGAUGAUGAUUGUAUGAAUGAAUGGGUUGUUAACAAAGAAAAAAAAGCAAAUCAAGCAGAGGAAAAGGAGAAGACAAAGCUUAAAAAGGAGGAAGAGAAAGCAGCAAAGAAAGAAGAGAAGUCUAAAAAAAAAGAAGAGAAUGCUAGGAAGAAGGAAGAGAAAGCUCAGCAAAAGGCUCAAGUUGAUAAAGAUAGACUUGAGGCUUUGAGUAGUUUGUUUUCUACAGGUUAG